AUCAAAUUCAACAAUAAAAGAUUUCUUCAUGAAAAUUCUCAAAUCCAAGGCACUCUAGAAUAUUGGAAUCAUCCAGAUAUGUCACCUGUCACAUUAGAUUAUAGCAUAAAAACAGCCUUGAAAUCUCACCCAUCCUGCUUGUAAUACAAUGUGCAUUGCAAAGCGUGAAACCAAAUCCCAUUGUAUUUAUUAUUAUACAUUUGAUCCUCACAGUAGAUCUGAAGAUGGAACAAUAUAUGAACUUGGAGCUGCAACAACAUGUAUCUCAAGGUCCUUAGAUUCCAUAUUAAAAUUGAUUUGGCUAACUGCAGGAUCAAUGGUGGAAAGUGUAGGUGACAAAACAAUUGUAUCUCAAACUCCCUUUUCUGUUGAAGGAAUUACAUUGUAUGAAAUUGAUACAGCAGGAAAAGGUGCACGAAAAAACACUUCAAAGGCUAUUGAGGAUCUUCACUCAAAUAUCCAAGCGAAAACUGGACUUUUCCGAGCAAAUUCAAAGUGCAAACAAGAAAAAGUUGAGACAUUUUGAUUCAGUAUGUAAAGAUAAUUAUAACAUUUCAACAGAUUCAAACAAUAAAAAAUUUGAUUCUUUAGACAACUCUUUAGAUAUCAUAUGUUAUGUUCCAACUUAUAGUCAACAAACACUUAAAUCUCUAAACAAGCAACAAUAAACCGACACCCACAAAUGUGAAUGUUUUUUGGCAACAUGUGAGCCCUAUAAAUCACCGACUGUCCAUCUGUCAACAAUGGCCACAUGAACUUAAGUGUGCAUAUGUUUUUAUUUGUUACCACAAUCAUUUUAUACCUAACCAUACUAGUUCCUAUUUGAAUCAUAAUUUAUGUUGCCCAAAUAUCCCCAUAUUUCAAUUUGUCCAAAGAGGUAAAAAAGUUCCAUUAUAUUAGGAUAAGAAAACAAGAGAGAUUGCACUUAGUAGAACCACAUACAGUACUUUUGAAAACAGUCAUGGCCAUCUCAAGGGUAAAGUUGUUAACAUUGACCAUGUUACGUCAAGGUGAACCAGGGGUCAAGUUUCAUUGAAGUGAAAGUUCAACCUUGCAAAAAUUGGCCAUUUUAUUGUCAAAAAGGGCAGAAAUCAAUCUUUUUGUUCAUACAUUCCUUUAUACUACAUGUAAUCCUUAUUAUAAUUCAUGGAUUCUGUGUGUACGUGUGUAUGUCCGGAUUCUAUCUUCUCCGAAACUG